AUGCCAACGGAUCAAAACUCUACAAAUUUAACGGUAAAUGGGCAAUUUUAUAAUGGGUUACCAGAUGGAAUUCUUGACGAAAUUCAGAAGAGAUUUCUUGUCUGGAUUAAGAAUAAACUCAAUACAGCCUACGAACUGGUGGCUGGAUUUGUUAUGGAUCACAUUAUCACGAUAAUUAUUAUUGCUCUUGUUAUGUGCUGUUUUCCAUAUGUGUUUCUUAUGAUUAUUCGUACGAUGAUAGGCUAUACGGUUGAAGGAAUAGCUAAAGGCAGCAUGGCCGCUUUUCAUAUGUCUCUCUAUGGUGGGCACGUAGCUGCCGGUAGUCUCGUUUCUCUUUUACAAAGUGUUGGUGUACUAGGGUUUGCCAUGUUAUCCAAGUUGAAUUGA